UCCUAACGCAGCCAAUCAGAGUCGCCGAAGGUCCUUUUAUAAGUCCGCACAGAGGGCCAGGAGCUCAGUCCUCUACCCCCGGAUGGCGGAGGUGGCCCCCCGAACCCUCCUCCUGCUGCUGUCGGGGGUCCUGGUCCUGACCGAGACCCGGGCGGGCUCGCACUCCCUGCGCUACGUCUACACCGCGGUGUCCCGGCCCGGACGCGGGGACUCGCGCUUCUUCACUGUGGGCUACGUGGACGACACGCAGUUCGUGCGCUUCGACGGUGACGCCGAGAAUCCCAGGAUGGAGCCGCGGGCGCCGUGGAUGGAGCGGGAGGGUCAGGCGUAUUGGGACAGAGAGACACAGAGAGCCAAGCACCGUGCAAAGGUUUACCGAGUGAACCUGCGGACCCUGCGCGGCUACUACAACCAGAGUGGGGACGGUUCUCACACCCUCCAGGUGAUGUACGGCUGCGAAGUGGGGCCUGACUGGCGCUUCCUCCGCGGGUACAGGCAGGACGCCUACGACGGGAAAGAUUACAUGGCCUUUGCAGAGGACCUGAGCUCCUGGGUGGCGGCGGACACUGCGGCUCAGGUCACACAGCGCAAGUGGGUGCAGGCCGGUGAGGCAGAGCGAUACAGGGCCUACCUGCAGGGGAAGUGCGUGGAGUCGCUCCGCAGAUAUCUGGAGCAAGGGAAGGAGACGCUGCAGCGCGCAGACCCUCCAGAGACACACGUGACCCGCCACCCCAUCUCCAAGGAACAGGUCACCCUGCGGUGCUGGGCCCUGGGCUUCUACCCUAAGGACAUCUCCCUGACCUGGCAUCGGGAUGGGCAGGAGCUGACCCAGGAGAUGGAGCUGGUGGAGACCAGGCCUGACGGGACUGGAAACUUCCAGAAGUGGGUGGCUGUGAUGGUGCCUUCUGGAGAGGAGCAGAAUUACAUAUGCCAUGUUCAGCAUGAGGGGCUGCCUGAGCCCCUCACCCUGAGAUGGGAGUCCCCUCCUCAGCCCUCCAUCCCCAUCCUGGGGGUUGUUGCUGCUGUGAUUGUCCUUGUAGCUGUGCUCACUGGAGUAGUUGGCUUUGUGAUAUGGAGGAGGAGUAGAGCAGGUGUAAAAGGAGGAAACUACACUCAGGCUGCAAAGGGUGACAGUGCCCAGGGCUCUGAUUCCUCUCUCAUGGCUGGUAAAGCUCCAUCCCCUGCCUCCAUGUCUAGAUCCCCUCCUGUGUGCAGAGAGCCUCUCUCUCAGUGGGCUCCUCAGGAUGGUGCCACAUGGAGCCGUGGCCCUGACUUUAUAACCCUUUUGUCCCGUAGCGUGAGACAGCUGCCUUGCGGGUGACUGAGCCACUCCACGCUUCUCCAGCCCAUGCUCUGUGACCUCAAGAUCACCGAGUCACCUCCCUGAAAAUGGCUUCUGAGUGUGUCCAUGUUCCUGUGGGCAUCGGGGAGGGCUGUGAGGAGAGCAGCCGGCCCUGGGCAAGCAGGACUCCUGUCCCCACGCUGACCCGUGUUCCCUCCUGCUCAGCUCCUGUUCCAGCAGGCGUGGGCUGGGGCAGCUUCUCACAGGGAUGAGAUGGAGCAGAGUGCACACAGCUUUCCUCAGGACCCCUCUUGCUUCUGAUUCUGCCUUUAUUUUAACAGCCCCACAAUAAAUCCAGUAGCUUAGAAAAA